GCAGCAAACAAGAUCAAGAAGAACGGUAGUAGAGUGGUGAGAGGACAGUCAGACACCCGAAUACGAACGUGCGACUCAUCAGAGCAAGCAGAAUUAAAAAUGGAUCCCAGCUACAGAAAUGAAAAGGCUGAUCAUCCUCCAGCGUACCAGGCAGAUAUGGGGUAUCCUCCAGCCCAAGGGGUCGCCCCUCAGGGUGGUUACCCUCCUGCCCAGGGGUACGGCGGUGCACCUUAUGGAGCCCAGGCGUACCCAGGUCAGGCUGCCGUCACCGUCCAGCCCACCGUGUACGUGACCCCGGUGACUCACAUGAGCCCCGUCCCUGAUUACCUGGGUUACUCCAUCUUCACCAUGCUGUGCUGCUGCUUACCUCUGGGCAUCGCCGCUCUCAUCUACUCCAUCAACACUCGGGACGCCAACUUGACCGGCAACAGAGACCUGGCGCUGAGAAACUCUCACACGGCACGGCUCCUGAACCACAUCGCUCUGGGGCUCGGGAUCACCGCCUUCGUCAUCUCCAUCAUCUUCGUCAUCGUCUCGGCUACGGCUGUGUGGAAAGUAUCCAAUUAUAACUGAAACAUGAGAGAGAUUUCCCAAGACACAAUUACUCAUAACAAGAUUAUUUUUUUUAUAUUGCAUAUUGAUUCAUUUUGUAUGUACAGCAUCAGGCAAAAGUUUGUUUGCUUUUAUGUCAAAUAAUAGUGAGCUAAUGUCUAAAUAUGACGUGACAGCAGAGAUUUAUAUAAAUACAUAAAGAGCUCAGUGCACGUUCAUGGGUUAUGCGUUUGUAGCAUAUACAUGCAUCUGUUCCUAUUCCUGUAUUUCAAUGUAUAAUAACACCAUUCUAUAAUUAUUAAAUAAUUAAUAAUUAUACAGCAGCACUUGUUUGUUAUCCACUGCUUUCCAAUUUUAGUCAUUAUUACAUAAACUUACCUAAUAAACUGGCUACUUGGUGUGUA